CUGUAGUUCACAAGUUCUUUGGCGAAAAGAGACAGAACAGAGAGGCGCGGGCGAACACCGCAAGCUUCGGUGUCUCCGCCUCAUUCUCUCUCAAACGCAGUGGCCCACACAUAUAUGAACUUUCGUUAUUAAAUUGUCCACCUAAAUUCCCGAAUUUCCUCUCCGAGUCCAAACCUUCUCCGCUAGAUAUUCUCCAAUUGAGUCUCUCCAUAUAUGAUCCAUUAAAAUGUCGGUGGUUUCGAACUUUACAGCGUGCCAGGGCGGUCAAUUAUCGGUUGCUUUAGCAGAUAACGGGUUAAGGAGAGGGUCUGCGUCGUCGAUCAAUCAAAUGGCGAAGUUUUCGAGGCCUUUUGUGAACGAAAAAUUCCAGGUUUCCCGGUUGGCUGUUACUCACCUGAGGAGGGUCUUCCAAGGGCGAAGUAUUCAAAUGACAGUAGUAGAUGAGAGGCUGGCACAUGGAAAAGUCAUGGUCAAGCCUUCUGAAAUAUUGGCAUAUGACCUUGUUCAAGGAGCACUUGUAAGAUGGAGUUAUAUUAUGGACAAAUCAGUUCCUGAUCCUCCAACAGCUGUUCUUCUGCAUGGCAUACUAGGUAGCAGGAAAAACUGGGGUAGGUGCUUACUCUAUACUUUUGUUCUAUUUUCUAAGAUUUAUCUUAAAAUGAUUGAAAGUUUUAUUUUCUCUUGUUGCAAUUACAAGCUAAGGUUGUAUGACAUGAUUGUGUAUGAUGCUCUCAUAGUGUGCAUGUCUUCUCUCCUUCGUGCUACUUCCCACAAAAAGGAUUACACAAUAUCAAUUGAGGACUGA